AUGUGGCUGCCAGAUCUGUUCCUGCCGCCUGGUGUGAAAGGACUGCUGAUUUUUAUUUUAGCACUUCUACUCAUUGUUUAUCUUAUCACCACAAAGGAUCCGCCAAACUUCCCUCCAGGACCGCCUUCACUUCCUCUGUUGGGAAACGUCUUCAGCAUUGAAGCUCAGCAUCCUCACAUUUACCUGACCAAGCUCGCUGAUGUUUAUGGAAAUGUUUUCUGCAUUCGUCUGGGGAGACACAAAACUGUGUUUGUGUCUGGCUGGAAGAUGGUGAAAGAAGCCCUCGUGAACCAGGCUGAGAACUUUGUGGAGCGGCCUUACAGCCCCAUGGUGACCAGGAUUUACUCCGGGAACUCUGCUGGUCUUUUCUUCAGUAAUGGUCAUGUGUGGAGGAGACAGCGGCGUUUUGCCAUGGCUAUGUUACGAACCUUCGGUCAUGCCAACAGCUCCAUGGAGCAGAGGAUCUGUGAGGAGAGUCGCCACCUACAGGAGGCGAUUGAGAAGGAGAAAGGUGAACCGUUUGACCCGGUGCCUCUCUUAAACUACGCCGUGGCCAACAUCAUCUCUCAGAUCGUGUUUGGGAAACGCUUUGACUACUGCGACAGAACCCUCCAGAACAUGCUGAGGAAUCUGACAGAGAUGGCCUACCUGGAGGGAUCCGUCUGGGCUCUGCUCUACGAUUCGUUCCCCACCCUGAUGAAACUCUUGCCAGGGCCGCACAACGGCAUCUUCAGCAACUCCAAAUGUCUGGAGGCAUCGAUCCGAGCCGAGGUGGAGAAACACAAGAUGGAUCUGGACCCCAGCAACCCACGAGACUAUAUAGACUCCUUUCUGAUAGAGACACACAACAGAAAUGGAGAGCUGGGUUUUCAUGACAACAAUCUGGUUCUGUGUUGUCUGGAUCUGUUCUUAGCUGGAAGUGAAACCACGUCAAAGACUCUGCAGUGGGGCCUCAUCUACCUCAUCAACAACCGCCACAUUCAAGACAAAGUUCACUCAGAGAUAGAUGCCAUGAUUGGACGAACACGCCACCCCACCAUGGCUGACAAACCCAACCUGCCGUACACAGACGCCGUCAUCCACGAGAUCCAGAGGAUGGGAAAUAUAGUUCCUCUGAACGGGCUGAGAACGACCGCCAAAGACGUGAUGCUGGGAGGUUUCCUCAUACCAAAGGGAACCUCAGUGAUGCCAAACCUCACCUCUGUGUUAUUUGAUAAGACCGAGUGGGAAACUCCAGACACCUUUAACCCUCAACACUUCCUGGACACUGAUGGGAAGUUUGUGAGGAGGGAAGCCUUUCUACCUUUCUCUGCAGGAAAGCGUGCAUGUCUGGGUGAAGGUCUGGCCAAAGUGGAGCUGUUCCUGUUCUUCGUCUGUUUGUUUCAGAAGUUUGAGUUUUCGACUUUAGAUGGAGUCAAGCUGGAAACAGAAGGAAUCACUGGAGCUACACGCUCACCAUUUCCCUUCAAGAUCUAUGCCAAAGCCCGCUGAACCCUGAAAGAGAUCGACUGAAUGCUCAACUGAAUACACUGAACGCUGCAGCAGACAAUCAUUUUCACCACAAUCCCUAAAAAGCUGGGACGCUGUGUAGGCCGCAGCUCUUUCAUGAGUAGUGAUUAAGGUUUUCAUUCACACGCCAGUGCUGUUAGAAUGGCUGAGGCUAACAGACAGAAAAAGACGAUGAUAGAUGAAGCUCAGAUGAUGAAAAAGAGUAAGCAAAAAAAGAGAAAAGCAAAUGUAAUGAU